AAUGAGUGAAGAAAUAGAACCUCAUAUAGCAAGGAAAUUUGAAAUUAUAUAAAAAUUAGGGAAAGGUGCUUAUGGCAUAGUGUGGAAAGCAGUAGAUAAAAAAUUGAAAUAGGUAUUAUUGUAUAAUUAUGGAAGGUCGUUGCGCUAAAAAAAGUAUUUGAUGCUUUUCAUAAUGCAACUGAUGCUUAAAGAACAUUUAGAGAAGUGAUGUUUUUGUAGGAAUUGAAUGGUCAUGAAAAUAUAGUUAGAUUACUUAACAUCAUAAAAGCAGAGAAUAAUAAGGAUCUUUACCUGGUAUUUGAUUAUAUGGAAACUGAUCUUCAUGCUGUAAUUGUAAUGAUUUAAUAAUAAUAAAUAAAAGAGAGCAAAUAUAUUAGAAGAGAUUCACAAGAAAUAUAUAGUUUACUAAACACUUAAGGCAUUAAAAUUCAUUCAUUCAGGAGAAUUAAUUCAUAGAGAUUUGAAACCAUCAAAUAUUUUAUUGGAUUCUGAAUGUUUAAUAAAAGUAGCUGAUUUUGGAUUAGCAAGAAGCUUAGCUUAAACAGAAGAUGAUAGUACUAGAUUAAUUUUAAUAUAUUUGUAGGUUAAUUAGUGUUAACUGAAUAUGUAGCAACAAGAUGGUAUAGAGCACCUGAAAUUCUGUUAGGAUCUACUAAAUACUCAAAGGCAGUUGAUAUGUGGUCAGUAGGAUGUAUUAUAGGCGAAUUAAUUGUUGGCAAAGCAAUUUUUCCAGGGACUUCAACACUUAAUCAGAUUGAGAGAAUUAUAGAACUAUUAGGAAAACCUUCAGGAGAUGAAAUAUAAUCUCUUGAUAGUCCCUUAGCUCCUAACAUUUUGGCCUCUAUAAAUACAUCUAAGAAAAAACAAUUCACUUCUUUUUUCUAAGGUGCUUCAGAUGAAGCAUUAGAUUUAAUUAGAAGAUUGUUAUGUUAUAAUCCAAAUUAAAGAUUGACAGCAGAAUAAGCAUUGAAACAUAAAUAUGUAAGGGAUUUUUCUUCUCCAGAAGAAGAGAUUGUAUGUUAACAUCCCAUAAAAAUAACAAUGAAUGAUAAUAAGAAAUUUACAAUUAAAGAAUAUAGAGAAGCUUUGUAUGCAGAUAUUAGUUAAAGAAAGAAGGAACAACGAAAAAAAUGGUAAGCAAAAUAUUUAUCAUAAUUGGGAGUAACAAUUGAUGAGAAACAAAAUCAAAUUUAAUAGGUUCCUUAGAAAGAAGAAACUCUAUUAGAGUAAAAACUUUCAUAGCCAGAUCUCAUUCAAUAACAAAUUUAUUAGUAAUAAUUGUUGUUGCAACAAUAACGGAAAGCAUAGAGACCACAGUCUGGUUAAAUGGGAGGUAGACAAUCCUCAGUUGAAAUGCCAAAAUAAUCAUAGGCAUAACAAUAAGCCAUAACUACUCAACAACCUACUCAUCAUAAGAGUAGUUCUAUGAUUUAAUCUAUGCAAACUAAAUAAGGAUACUACUAUCCUUUUAUUUAAUAAUAGAUGGCUGCCUAAACUAAUAAGGUCAACAAAUCUGCUGUUUAAAAUUAACAGUAAUAAACUUAACAAAGACCAUCAUCAAGUUAUUACUAAAAACCUCUGACUUAAGUUACAACUACAGCAGUUAAAAGAUGAC